UUGCUGUGCUGCGCCAUGGCGACCCGAGAGCACGAGCUCCGUCCCGAGCAAGAGCGGCUCGGAGAGGAUAGGGAGGAGUACGAGGAUGGGGAGGAGGAGGAGGAGGAGGGGGAGGAGGGGUGGGAUGACUGGGAGUCGGACGGCGACGACGCGGGCGGCGGCGGCGGCGGCGGCGGGCUCCUCUGCCUGUUCUGCAGCGCGCGGUUCGACUCCGAGAGCUCGCUCUUCUCGCACUGCGCCUCCGAGCACCGGUUUGAUUUCUACAGGGUCGUGAAGGAGACGGGGAUGGAUUUCUACGGGUGCAUCAAGCUCAUCAACUUCGUUCGGUCCAAGGUGGCGGAGAAUAAAUGUUGGAGCUGUGGGCAAGUUUUCUCUAGCAACAGCGAACUAUGCGGCCAUUUGCAUGCAUUAGAGAUUCCCCAACUAGAGGGAAAGGUUCCAUGGGGUGAUGAUGUAUACUUAAAACCAUUCUUGGAGGAUGAUUCUCUUUUGCACAGUUUGUCCGUCUUUGAUGAUGAUGACGAGGACGACUGUGGAAUGCCAAUGGAAAAGGGAGGGUGUUCAGCAGGCAAUGGGAGUUUAGCUGAAACAUGUGAGAGCAAUCUGAAAUCUAUUAUCAAUGAUGGUUCUGAUGUCAUUGAUAGAUUUGAGAGAACAUGUACUAUUGAGAGUACAGAUGGGGAGUGCAGUGGGUCUCUUGCUCAGGAGCCAAGUGACAAGCAGUUAAAAAUUGCACGUGCUAGUGCUGCUGCUAGGGGAAUUAAAAGUGUGGAUGAGAGCUACUUCGGGUCGUAUAGUUCAUUUGGCAUCCAUAGAGAGAUGCUUGGUGACAAAGUAAGAACAGAAGCUUACAGAGAUGCCCUUUUAGGCAAUCCUAGCCUCAUGAAUGGUGCAACUGUGCUCGAUGUUGGUUGUGGCACGGGAAUUCUAAGUCUUUUUGCAGCUAAGGCUGGUGCUUCUAGAGUUAUUGCUGUUGACGGGAGUGCAAAGAUGGUUUCUGUCGCUACUGAAGUUGCAAAAAGUAAUGGUUUUCUGUACGAUGAAAAUAUGGAGAUGCAACAAAAGCGAGAUACUCAAGUGAUAACUGUUGUUCAUACCAAGGCUGAAGAGCUAAACCAUAAAAUACAAGUUCCAUCGAAUAAAUUUGAUGUUUUGGUGAGCGAAUGGAUGGGAUAUUGCCUACUCUAUGAAUCCAUGCUCAGUUCAGUUCUAUAUGCACGCGAUCAUUUUCUAAAACCUGGAGGUGCUAUUCUCCCAGAUACUGCAACAAUUUUUGGUGCUGGAUUUGGGAAAGGUGGAACAAGCUUGCCAUUUUGGGAAAAUGUGUAUGGCUUUGAUAUGUCAUGUAUUGGCAAAGAAGUGACAGGGAAUUCAGCUAGAUUUCCUGUUGUUGAUAUAUUGGCUUCUGAAGAUAUUGUGACAGAGACAGCUGUUCUCAAUUCCUUUGAUCUGGCAACUAUGAAGGAAAAUGAAAUGGAUUUUACUUCAAGCUUUGAGCUGAGGCUCAGUGAAAGUGGUGUAUCACAAUCUGGAGUAACCUGGUGCUAUGGCAUUAUAUUAUGGUUUGACACUGGCUUUACGAACCGAUUCUGCAAGGAGAAGCCAGUCAACCUCUCCACCUCUCCUUUCUCCACACCGACUCACUGGUCUCAAACUAUCUUCACCUUUGAAGAGCCCAUCGCAAUGGCAAAGGAGGAAUCAGCCGUUGUCUCAUCUGCGUCAGUUGGCACAGAUGAGUGCCCAGCUGUGAUGAUCAGAUCCCGCAUCAGCAUUGUGAGGGCCUCUGAGCACCGCAGCAUAGACAUAUCGAUUGAAACUACAGGAAUCAGCUCAGAUGGCAGGAAGCGUAGCUGGCCUGUUCAGAUCUUCAACCUGUGAGCAAGGAGCCAAGGAUACCUUUGGGUAUAAAUUUUGUUUCGUGCUUUGCUCCUCACUGGUUUUGAGCAAGGAUACUACCCACAGCAAGUCUUAGCUUUUGAUUGGGUCCUCAAAUCUCAAGUUCUGUACGCUGAAACAGAACGGCAUCCCCACUGAAGUUUUGUGCAAUGGUGAGCCUGAAAACAGGCCAGAUUGAAGCGCUGUGGAAUGGUCAGGGUGAAAAAGUUCAUGGGAUCGAGACUGAGUUGCAGUUUUUUUUUUGGCUAUUUCUGCACGUGAACUGAAAGAUAUAUCUUGUAGUGAUGUUUGAGAUAUGUAUCAGUAUUUUACAAUGAUAUCAGAAUUCAGAUUCAUUUGGAUACCAGUUCACUUCAGUUUCUGUAAGAUGCUCGGUUGAUGUGAACCUGAAGAUCGCACUAUCUUCUAA